AUGGAGCGGCUGCGGGUGCAGGCGGAGGGCGCGGCGGCGGUGGACGAGUACGUGGAGUACCGGAGAAUUGUAGGUGAUGACGAUAGAGGGAAACUCUUUACCCCAGAGCAAUAUGAAGAAUACAAAAGAAAAAUGUUACCAAUACGAUUACAGAAUAGAUUGUAUGUGAGCUGGAGAUCACCAACUGGAAUGGACUGUAAACUUGUGGGCCCGGAGACACACUGUUUUUGUACCCAUAGGUAUAAACAACACAAAACAGAUUAUGAAGAGAUUCCAAAAGAUCGUCCUAUUUGUGUACCCUGUCGAGUGAACCGUUGCCAGUGCAAAUCCUAUCACUAUGUCCCUCUAAAUGGCACUCAGCCCAUUCGUUGUAGAUGCAAGCACUUUGCUGAUCAGCACAGUGCAGCACCUGGAUUUUCCUGUAACUCCUGUUCCAAAUGUUCAGGAUUUCACAGCUGCUUUACCUGUGGGUGUGGUCAGCCAACAUAUGCGCAUGAAACGGUUGUGGAAACUAAACAAGAGCGCUUAGCCCAGGGAAAACCUGUGGGGCAAGAUGUUCCUUAUGCUGCAAUGGGAGGAUUAACUGGCUUUAGUUCACUGGCUGAAGGCUAUAUGAGACUUGAUGACAGCGGAAUAGGGGCACCCUCUGCUGAAUUUCUAGAGUCACCUAGUAGUGGCAUGGACCAUCCAUUUCUAAAAGCAUUCCAAGGCCCCUCCAGUUCUGCACAAGCCAGCUCACAAUUAACAGGUGGUUCUAGUGCAGCAAAGCAAGUUUCUAAUUUAAGGAGUUCUGAAGAAGAUGACAUGGCUUACUUUGAAAAACAGUACCAGGAACGGCAUUCCAACUCAUGGGAUGAUGCCUUCUGCAUGUGCUUCUCCAUGGGUGGAUGGGGCAAUCAACAAAGCUUUUGUCCUACAAUGGCCCACAACUUUGAUAGCCCUCCUGGAUGA